CACGUCUGUUAAGGUGACACUGAUCCAAGGGAUGGGUGUAUCUCUGUUGACAGUAGAGCAGUUGUGAACUGGCCGCUCGUCGGGUGCAAGGGGCGCGGUUCGGUCUUAUAAAAAGAGUCACCAGCUGGGGGGUCAACAAUCGAGUUUUGGUCUCUGUAGAGCCCGACGUAAGGGACCUGUCUACAACCGUUGGAGGUAAAGUCGCUCAUCUUUGUUGUAACUCCCUCCUAUUUCGGAAAAAAUGAAUAAUUCAUUAAUUGUUUCACUUCAUCAUUUUUCAGAUGAUUUUCUUACUGGCCAUCCAAGCUUUGGGAUUUCUGGGGUCGGUCCACGCCCAGUCGGGGGUCACUCUUACACCGACCCCAAAUUAUGUGGAUCCUGCAACAGGAAGUGUCAGUUUGAGGUGCGCAGUGGACGGGGCUGUGAAGUUGUAUAAUACCAAUGGACUACUCAUUGAGAAAGAAAUUGAUGUAAGUGACGUCCCACUCACAAUGCGAUCUCUUACAUCUCUUAGUACACUCUGUCAUAUGAUAUGGCACUCUGUCAUCUGAUAUGGCACUCUGUCAUCUGAUAUGGCACUCUGUCAUCUGAUAUGGCACUCUGUCAUCUGAUAAGGCCAAACAUAAGAAUACAUUUAAUAUCAUGAUGUGUACUAUAAAAUCGCUCGGGUACAAAUUAUCAUCUUUCAUGUUUAUGGUGUAUACUUUUAUUUCUUUUAUGGCAUAUCAGAGUCUUUUGGGGUGUAUGUGUUUAAUUACAGAAAAACUUUUCACUGACGCAACGAUAAGGAUGGUCUUAGCAAAUGGGAAAAAAACAAAACAUAAAGAAUUAGUCUAACGAAAAAUAAGAAAUUUUUACUACUUAAAUCCAUGAGAAAUUAUUUAUUUUACACUGAAGAGAAAUUUGUACUAAGAUUAAAUGAAGUUUUGAAAAAAAAAAAGAGCAAAAACUUUAUUGUUUAAUGCUAGUUAUCUGCCGAAGUCAAAAGCUCAAAGAAUCUUUAAAAAAAAAUUUGUCAAAUCAAUUUUAGGGCCGAUUGGUCCAAGGAAUAAUUAGCCGAAAAAAUGUGAACUCGUCCUGCAAAAGUUUCUCUGCAAACAUACAAACAUAAUUUUAAGUGACAAGAACAGUCUUUUAUAAGAUCAACAAGUUUUGGUACUUUUGUAACGCUAUAGUUCAUGACGUUCGCUUCAUAAUAAUAAUAAUAAUGUUAUAUAUGUUAAUAUCACUUAUUGAGUUCAGCUAACCAAUUGGACAGAGCGAGGGGAUCAAGAGAGGUAAGACUAUUUCCUAAAAGGGCAGACGAGAAAGGAAGGGACACAAUCUCCAAGCAGUGGGAAACUUGACAUAUUUCUGCAGCACCUUCUUCCGGUAAGUAACGAUAGAGGAUGAGAUCAUCAAACGCACAUUCAAAGCAAAUGUUGUAUUCGGAAAGCUCCGCAAGAGUGUCUUGGAGCGAUAAGGUCUCCGUCUUGCCACUAAGCUCAAAGUAUAUACGGCAAUCGUAUUAAAACUCACCUAUAUGCCAGCGAGACGUUUACAGUGUACGAUAGACAUGAUAUUCAUCUAGGCCAUCUCCACCUUAGCCGUUUAUGGAAACUUCUUGGCAUGAAGUGGCAGCAAAAAAAGUCUCUGAUACAGAUAUCCUACAACAGAAUGACUUUAUCAACAUUCACAUGUCUGUAAUAACAAAACAAAAAAAGUACAUGUCAUUUGGCCAGGGCAUGUUAACGGGAAUGCCAGACGGCAGCCUCCCUUAACAACUGAUAUUUCGGUUCUCCAAAUCUCCAGAUUCUAGCAUCUUUUCUAAAACGAGUUUUCUCUUUGCUCCCGCAGACAGAUGUAUGGCAGAGUUAUGCCAGGUACAUCAAGGGGUCCGCGUCAGCAAGCGCCUACCAGGUUGGCGUCACCGCAACUGCUCAGAUCGGAGCGGCUGGCGGAAAAUCUUACCUGCAGCUGACCAUCCCAUCGUCUGCUGGUCCUGUUGGACGUUUCCGUUGUACAGCCACAGGCACGACCAGUGCUGGAGUAAGUGCUCACUAGUUUAUUCAAUAUUAACAUUAUUUAGUUAUGGAGCAAUUUCUUCCAUUUAACAUGGCAUAGUGAUGGAGUAAUUUAUUCAAUUUUAACAUUACUUAGUGAUGGAGUAAUUUAUUCAAUUUUAACAUUGCUUAGUGAUGGAUCAAUUUUUUCCAUUUUAACAUAGCUAAGGGAUAGAGUAAUUUAUUCAAUUUUAAAAUCACUUCGUGUUAGAGUAAUUUAUUCAAUUUUAACAUUACUUAGUGAUGGAGUAAUUGAUUCAAUACUUACUUCUUAAAUGUAAAAGAGUUUUCUUUUCUUAAAAAUUUUUUUACACUGUCCAUAGCUUGGACUUAGCACGUCUUGUGCUAUGGUGCGCGUGUGACUUCUGAAUGCUCUAAUGCAUUUUGUAAAAAAAAAAAAAGAAAGACGAAAACAUUCUUCUAAUUUAGUUCCAGUUUUUUAAUCGUGUAUCUUACCGAUUUAAACCUGGAGCAUGAUAGAAGCGUCUAGUCUUAGAUCAUAACAACUGCUGUGAGCUUAAAAUGAAAUUGAAAACAUGUUAUUUUAAAGAGAUCCUUCUCCAUUGGUGUUAUUUCUUUCUGCACGCUACUUGACAGGAAGUGAGCAACAUUUUGGUCGCACGAAGUGGACGGAGGAUUAAGCAACCCUUAAAAAAAAAAACAAAGUUUUUUGCAUAAAUACUGUAUAUGCAUUUAUGUUUGCAUUCAAGGAAUUGUGCGUGAUUUAUCAUUUACAUGAUUAAAGAUACUGACUUUUGGUAUUGUGGUUUUAAAAAUCAAAUUGGAUGCAUGCAAAACCUAAAAGACUAAAGAUAUAUUUAAAAGAAGAAUUUGUCGUGUUUAAAGAAAAUGAGGAACGUCGCUUUUAUACAGUCCUCUCCCAUACCCAAAUACGUCAAAAGUAGAAAGCGCAUUACAACAGCUACGCAAUUAAUCUCCACACCGAAGCACGCACCCAUUGAAAAUAUUCGUUUUUACAAUUAAUCACUUCUGCAUCUUACGUUUAUUUUUGUUUUUAAAUACUAUUAACCGCCCAACUUGAAAAACAGAAAAAGAUAAUUUUUGGGGAUGGAGCUGAAAAUUUUAUCGAAUGUGUUGUCGUCGUCCACAAAUCGACGUGCCAAGUUUCAGCUCGAUGGGUUGACUGGAAGUGGGUCAAUUAGCCUUCUGAAGAUUGUGCCACAUUUGAAAACACGAAUAAAAGCGAGUUUUAUCAAAAUGAUUUUUAAAAAAAAAUGAUGCAUGAUCCUUGAGUGAACUUGUCCGCCCUAGAAUGUGAAUGUUGAAUUUUAAACUCCUUGUGUGAAUUUGUCCGGCCUAGAAUGUGAAUGUUGAAUUUUAAACUCCUUGUUUGAACUUGUCCGCCCUAAACUCCUUGAGUGAACUUGUCCGCCCUAGAAUGGGAAUGUUGAAUUUUAAACUCCUUGUGUGAACUUGUCCGCCCUAGAAUGUGAAUGUUGAAUUUUAAACUCCUUGAGUGAACUUGUCCGCCCUAGAAUGGGAAUGUUGAAUUUUAAACUCCUUGUGUGAACUUGUCCGCCCUAGAAUGUGAAUGUUGAAUUUUAAACUCCUUGAGUGAACUUGUCCGUCCUAGAAUGUGAAUGCUGAAUUUUAAACUCCUUGUGUGAACUUGUCCGCCCUAGAAUGUGAAUAUGAAUUUUAAACUCUUUGAGUGAACCUGUCCGCCCUAGAAUGUGAAUGUUGGUUCCUGUAAUCCUUGCUUGAUGAUGUAUACUUCUAAUCAUAAAACCAUUAUACGAUGCUCUUGAAGAGUUAACCUAAAUAUAUAUAUUUUAAACUUUCAGGCGGCGGCAACGCAGGUCGUGAACUCGGAAGUGUUUGCCAAUCAGUAUCAAGAUGGUUGCACGUGCUGUGACAAGAUGGCGGCAUUGGAGGCCAAGAUCCUGAGCUUCGAGAUUAUUGCGAGCAAAGUGACAACCUUAGAGAGUAGACUGAGUGCCGUGGAGUCGUCCGUGUCUAGUGGUGGGGGCUCUGGGCUGCCAGGGGAUGCCCUGAAAGGAAUGGAUGGUGACCUUGUUCUGAGGUAAUUGAUAGAAUUUUAUACGAUUUUUUUUUUUUGGGGGGGGGGGGGUGGGGUUGUCUUUCGUUACCUUCAUGACACCUGGGAUCAAGGUGUCAAACUUCUUUACCUCUUGUCAAACUGAUGAGUUCGUUUGUAUAUUUUCAAAUGGGUCAAGUUCUUGCUUUUAAUUCCACCAUGGGCGGGAAGUCGCAGGCUCUGCCACGUAGCACUGUUUUAAACUGUCUUACGGUUCAAGGCUGAAUUUCGGAUUAGUUUAAUUUAUAAAAUCGAACAAGGUUUGGGUAGAUAGUUUUGUAUGUGUUGACGUGUGAUAUGUUCUUUUGGUUUUAACAUAAACACAAAAUAUUUAUACUUUGUGAAAACUUAACAAAUAAUAGAGUCGAUGCAUGUAAAUGGAAAUUUGUAAUGUCUUAAGGAUUAUGAUAGAAUUUAUACAUUUGGGGCAUCCAUGUCAACAAAUUUGAUAAUUAAUCUAUAAUUAUUCAGCAUAAAUAAAAAAAAAAUGCAACAAACAAUUUUCAUCAAUUUAUGUAUCUAAAUCUAUUUAUAUCUACACCCCCUUCUCUCUCACUUUAUUGAUAUUACCAUUAAUAUAGCAUUAGAUUUAUAUUGCAUUCUUCCGUCUUCGCGAGACGAUCGAGUGAGUAGCUGUAAACGCUUGAUGUAAUGGCUUACUAGGCCGAUCCUGGAAAGGCAGUCCGGGCCCCAUUUCUCGCAGGAGGGUCUCCACUCCUGGUUAGAUUAGUCCUCCCGUAGUGUUCUUUCUUUUGCAAAGGGUUUCAUUUCGGGCAUCUUCUGCCCUUUUUUACCCCUUCAUACACUGCUGUUCGCCAGCUGGAACGUUGCUCAGCAACGAUCUCCCAAUCGUUGAUUUCAAUGUUGGCUUCCCUGAAUGCUUUUUUUUUUGUGCAAACGUCCACAAAUCUGAGUCGUGGUCGACCACUAAGUCUCGCCACUUCUGCCAACUCACCCUACAGCAGAAUCUUUGGAAUACGGCCCUCCUCCAUUCUCCUUGCAUGGCCUAACCAGAUAUCCUCCAGUCUGAUUACUUUUUAAUAACCAUCCAUUGUUCGAGCCUGUUGACAUUCAGCGUAAUUUAGAAACGGGUUGAGAAUAUAAUGUUUCAAUAGGACUAACAAUUGAAAUCAACUGCAUCCGAAAGGAAAAAAAAAAAGGAUACGUUGCGUAAUUAAAAAUUAAAAAGUUUAUGAAAUAACAAAGCGGCAACUUGAUGGUGCAUUAACGUUAUUUAUUGUUGCCACCUCAUUAGAAGAAAUACUGUAGUUAAAAACAUCGCUACAAUGUAUAAUUAAAUGUAGCACUAAUUAAGUUCUUUUUAUUCAUUUUGAUUUAAUAUUAGUUUAAGUUCUUUUUAUUCAUUUUGAUUUAAUAACUCACCUUUUUACAAAAUUAUCUGCUCUAUAUAAAGAAAGAGUAGAAUGAUUUUCAUUUUCUGUUUGUUUCAUGUCUGUCUGUCACAAUCUAGUUUUAAUAUUCUGCUUGUUUCAGGUCUGUCUGUCACAAUCAAGUUUUUUUAAUUUUCUAUUCCUUUCACAUUUGAGUGGCAUAAAAUAGUUUUUUAAUUUUCUAUUUGUUUUAUGUUUGAGAGAAACAAAAUCUAGUUUUUAAAUUUUCUAUUUGUUUCAUGUUUUAGUGGCACAAUCUAGUUUUUUUUAAAUUUUCUAUUUGUUUCAUGUUUGAGUGGCACAAUCUAGCUUUUAAUUUUCUAUUUGUUUUAUGUUUGAGUGGCACAAUCUAGUUUUUUUAAUUUUUAAUUCGUUUCCUGUUUGAGUGGAUUAGUUUUUUUAAAAUUUUCUAUAUGUUUCAUGUUUAAGUGGAACAAACUAGUUUUUUAAUUUUCAAAUUGUUUCAUGUUUGAGUGGCACAAUCUAGUUUUUUAUUUUGUCGGGCCGUUCUUGUAGACCGAUAUUCUUUAUUUGUGGCACCGUGUAUUUCUCAGUGACAAUGCUAUACGCUUUAUGUUCGAGAAGCAGCGUCAGCAAUACCCCGAGCAUGAUGGUGAGGUUUCUUUUUCUGUUAUAGACGGCGGCUAGGCAAAGUCAACUGUGAGGCCGGGUACCAUCAAUCAGAGGCUGGCCGAGGUCAACGAUGGUCAGCGCCAAUAAAACGCAUUUCGUGACGUUGUUUGCAAAUACAAUUGAAUAGAAAAAUAUAUACGCCCCCCCACCCCCGGGGCCAAAAAAACAACAACAAAAAACAAACAAAAAGAAAAAAAACAACAACAUCAAAUUUACAGUUAGGAAGAAUGUGAUUUAAAAUUUUUAUUUUGAAAACGACUAAAGAUGUAUAUUUUAUUUUAUUUUAAAGGUACCUGAAGCAAAAAAAAAUUAAUUACGUUACUUUUGUUUCGUUUGUAACUAUUACGAUUAACAUUGACUUUUUCAGUAGCCUGUCGUUCCCAAACGGAAUUUCAAGUAAUUUAUUUUUCAAGUAAAUAACUAGAAAAGAGUAGCUUACAUCAAACGUGAUAACUCCCUAUUCGAGGCUGUGGCGCUGUGUUCAACAGACGCCCAAAAACGAAUUGCCAAGACGUUUGCACUAAAUGAGAUUCUUAUCAAGUGCGUUACUUGAGUACGUGUUUUGUCACGUGACUUGAGUAGAUGAGAGGUUGGUGCAUUGCCACCGCCAUUGUUUGGUGGGUUACUUAUAGUACAAGUAAUAAUCAGAUUGACUUUAUUGAUAUUAUGUAUGAAAUCGUUUCGCUCUCAAGGACAAACUGAUUGAUUUUUGUGAUGUCAUAAGGAGCUUGAAUUGUCUUUUCUCUGCAGGAGUCUGGUUUGGCCCGAGGGCUACUAUGGUCUUCUCAUGCCCGAGACUGGAUGCCCGAGUCAGGGGUUCUCAUUCGUCGACUGGAGGAGCGACGGCUACAGGCAGUUCCACACGGAGUCGACAUCUACGGUGAAUUUGGACAAGUUCUCUCCGGACAUCCACCUGAAGCAGCCUUACCAGAACACCAACGGCGCCCAGAGGUUCAUCUUCCUGUACUUCUGCAUGAACAUCGAAGGACCGGUCUUAGCCGAGGGUCCGACCUGGCCAUCGGGCUCCUACUGCAUCAACAAAUGGGCCGGGUGCCCCGAAGGCUUCCACGAGGGCAGCAUAUUCUGGGACGAGGAGAACACGUGGCAUGACAAUAAGUACAGUGACCUGGUGCCCAACGGUGCCUACGGCGGCGACACGAGGAUAGACUACUGCUGUCGCCGGGACGGUAAGCCGGAGGUCCCAGUCUACCUGCCCACGGCGAAACCGUUCUACCUGUACAGAUUCGACGGCAAGUGCCAGCAGGUGGCCGGCAUGAAUGUGACCAACGAGUUCAUCGUGUUCGACACGGAGAACACGGGCGGCAACAUUGACAAGUACACCGGAGAGUACCACCCCGACGGCAGACUUAACGACGUUAGGGUCGAGCUCUGCUACUACUCCAGAUAAGCUAAAGGAUCUUUCACAAGGCUGAAAAUAUCCUGGAAUGAGACAUGUUCUUGUUAAACAGUCUUAUAAUAUAACGAAUUAUAGAGGAAAUAAAUAAUCAUU